CCCAGAAGCAAUAUUAAAUAAUGCUUGCUUAAACCUGUGUUGAUGCCUGGCAACAGACCAGACCGCCUUCCUGAACAGGAUAAAUCCCUACCCCGGAUAUUCCAGGCGGUGAGACUAAGGGACACCUAAUUCUGCCGGGACAAAGCAGACCCUGAAACAGUCUCGGCGAUCAUAAUUCUCGCGUGAUGUAGAAAAAAACACAUCAAGCAAAUCCAAAGAACAACUUAGAACCAUGGUCCUAAGCGAAGGGCCAACGAAUAGUCUAUCUGCAGAUUAUACUGGCUUAGCUGAGCGCGAGCGGGGCUACCCCCUGCAAGAUUUGGAGAUUGGAGGAGGUUCCGGCAGUAGUGGUGAGUAUGUGAAUGUCCCUCGCCGCGAAAGUGCGGAUUCUGCUCCAUCUCAAGAUGGCAUCGAGGAAGACCAUCGAGAUGACGAGCAUGAUGCGCCUUUGCUUCCUACCACUGCCCCGGUGCGCUCUGAAACACACUGGGGUUCCAACAGUAAAGGCAAACGCGGAUGUUUGGGGUCAAUCGUGGGAUGGUUUAAGGGGCCAGAUCCACCGCAUAAAUUCAAGAUCGAGCCCUUCUUCCCCAACUUCCAGAUCGUCCCUAUUCGCUUGGUGGAUAGCUGUCUGCCAAGCCGUGCUUUGAAGAUCUGGGGAGUUCUGGCGUUUCAUGUGAUGUGGGUGCUUUUGUUCUUUUCCAUCCUGCACGCCUCUGUUACGAGUUCUGCCAUUCCUGGAUAUGGAGUUCCUGCCCGACUUUCUUGCACGACUAGACUUUGGCCAAAUUCGAAAUCGUGUGGACUCAAUGGUGACUUCUGUCGACCAUUCGACAAUAGCAGUUUCGCAUUCCGCUGCUCAGCAGGCUGCAAGUCAACCAUGGUUCUCGAGCCCUACGCUGUAGGAGCCCAGGAGAUUAACUAUCAAAGUUUAGUCAUUGGAGGUACUCCUGGCGACCAGCCAUCCCAAGGCGGCAUCUACCGAGGCGACUCUUUCAUCUGCGCAGCAGCCAUGCAUGCUGGUAUUAUCGAUGAUCGGAAGGGAGGUUGCGGUGUACUACAUCGCGCUGGACAGCAGACUGAUUUUGGGAGUGUUAAGAAACAUGGCAUCUCAAGUAUCUCAUUUCCGUCUCACUUUCCGCUAUCCUUCUACUUCGGAAGGGAGUCGUCAGCGACGAAGUCCGCACCAAAAUGUACGGACGAACGAUGGCCGUUAUUCACAAUCUCCGUCAUCUCUACCUGUAUACUGAGCCUCUUCACAACUUCACCGGCAGUGUUCUACACUUCGACCUUUGUCAUAGUCUGGUUCCAGGUGGCCCUCUCUUCGGAUCCUCCCUUUUUCCAGGAUUACUACGAAGUCGUCUCUCUAGGACUCGGUCGUUUCCUCCCAGCAGCAUUCGUCGGCUUCGCUAUUUAUUAUUUCUGCGUCCGUCAUACGUUGAAGGACCUGACCGCGCAAUGGGAGAAGACCAUCCUUUGGCUGAGCGGCUGCUGGGUAGCCGCCCUGGACAAUUACACGUUCGACAGACUCCCUAUUUCGCGUCUCACGCCACACGAUAUCAAGCAACAACCGGGUGCGAUCCCAGUUUUGAUCAUAAUUGUUGCUAUCCUCGUCACUGCCGUGAUUACCCAAGCCUUGGCAUUCAGAAAAGAAGGCCGACUACCGCGUUAUCUACUCUUAUAUGGUGUCAUGGCCUGUGGUAUCCUUGCCAUGGUCGCAGUGCCCCAGAUGAACCUGCGCAUCCACCAUUAUAUCCUCGGCCUUCUCUUCUUGCCCGGAACGGCAAUCCAGACUCGUCCAAGUCUCCUCUACCAAGGCCUCCUGGUUGGCCUCUUCAUCAAUGGCGUUGCUCGCUGGGGCUUCGAUAGCAUCCUCCAGACACCCGGCGCGCUUCUCGCGGACGCCCAGCUAGGAAGUAUCCUCCCGAAUAUUACCGCUCCUGUGAUCAGCUACAGCGCGCAAGAGAUCACCUUCCAAUUUGAUAAUCUAGCAAGAGAAGCAGAUGGAAUCAGCGUCAUUGUGAAUGACGUUGAGCGUUUCCAUGGCUACAAAGAAGCCGAUGGGGGCGUAGAAUCCUUCACGUGGACGAGACAGGAACAGGGACUUCCAGAGUUCUUUCGCUUUGGGUACAUGAAGAUGAAUCCCUUGGGUGGAACAUUAUAUCAGGAUUUUACAAAAGCCGGCAUUUGGGAAGCGAAUGGUAGUUGGGUGCAUAUGGAGCCCGGACCGAGCUGAUAAAUCGUGAGCGCGGCAUUUUAUAUCGGGCUCUAUAAUAGAUUCGUUUCCCCGCCUUCUUCUUGGGUUUUUAUAUUGAAUAACAGAUAGGCUAGAUAGACUGUACAGCUAGAGCAAGUUUGAUUUCGUAUAUAUUGAAAAUAGGU